GGGCCGCCGCCGCCAACCACCGCUGGAGCCAGAAAGCCAUGGAUGACACCUUCUACCUGAGCAACAUCGCACCCCAGGUGCCCCACCUCAACCAGAAAGCCUGGAACAACCUGGAGAAGUACAGCCGGAGCUUGACCCGCACCUACCAGAACGUCUAUGUCUGCACAGGGCCGCUCUUCCUGCCCAAGACAGAGGCUGAUGGGAAAUCCUAUGUGAAGUACCAGGUCAUCGGCAAGAACCACGUGGCAGUGCCCACCCACUUCUUCAAGGUGCUGAUCCUGGAGGCAGCAGGCGGGCAAAUCGAACUUCGCUCCUAUGUGAUGCCCAAUGCGCCCGUGGAUGAGGCAAUCCCGCUGGAGCGCUUCCUGGUGCCCAUCGAGAGCAUCGAGCGGGCCUCGGGGCUGCUCUUUGUGCUGAAUAUCCUGGCAAGGGCGGGCAGCCUCAAGGCCAUCACCGCCGGCAGCAAGUGAGGGCAGCAGCCCAGCCAGACUGUGAGGGUGUGUGGCUGGGUCGCAUUAAAGAUGGUUAUUUUUGGA